AUGGUCUCCCACAAUGGAACCGGUCGUGAGGAGACAAGUCAUGCUAAUGUAUGGCCUCGUGUUAGAAAUCUCCUCAUUGGAGGCGCCGCUUUAUUCGUUUGUUUUCAGGCUUACGGGACCUUUGUUGUCGACCCAUGGCUCAACUGGAUCGAGAGGCAGAUGGACAACUUGUCCGACGAAGAGCUGAACGAGAUCGACAAGAGCGAACGAGAGCCGCUAUUCAUACCUUUUCCCCUCACCAUCAGGUCUGUACCGAGGGAGCCAUACCGGGGGACAGACCCAGAGUGGGCACAGUUUGUGAAGAUCAGUAAAGACAAGGAGCUGCAGAUGCGCAUCCUCAAAGAACUAGCAGAUACAGUGCGCUCAGUCGCCGAGGCCAACCCCCUCUUAGCGCAGAAGUGCGGCAAAAGCUGGAAGAUUAGGAGAUGGUGGAUGGAUGUGGACUACCCUUACCGGCCGCCGCCAAAGUAUCAACGCUCUGGGAUUGAGAUAGGAGAAAAGGAUAUCACAUGGGCGAGCCGAGAUAUCGAUUCGACGACAGCGAUGCGCAUCCAGCGUAUCUUAUGGCCAUCGCCGAUGGCAUCCUCCAUGUUCAGCUUUGCGGGAACUCUGUUCAAGCAGAACAUAUUUGACGCUGCAAGAUACUUUGGGUAUCACCCGAGCGAGAAUCACAAGUUCAGCGACGGACCAAACCCAGCGAUCAAGCGCACCAUCGAGCGCCUGCAGCAACAGAGCACCAAGAACCCACAGGCCAUCAAAGACCCGAGGACUUUGGCAAAGCAGCAAACACCUGAAGGGACCCCGGCUAUCGGCGCGGAGACGUCCCCGGCAGCAACCGCCGACGGCACACCUCGAAGCCCGAGCCCCAAAGAUAUGUAUCCUUACGACCGCGUGAAGGCAAACAUCAACGGCGCGUGGACCGAGAUGAGGAAGCGCCUGGCGCAGAAAUGGAGACCUCUCAGGGAGCUUCCUCCUCCCGGCUGCAUUCUGGUCUCUGGCUUGGUUGAGCUCGAGACCAACAAUGCGUACAUUGUUAUCGACGUCUACUCUUGGUGGGACCCCAAGACCCGCAAAUACGAUUCCAAGUCGAUGUGGAUGGGUCUCCGGAGGAUGCAGAUGAAGCAACAGGUGCCUCAUAGGUGA